CACGUGUUUAGAGGCCCCGCCCAUUUUUGGGGUCUUAUGUAUCGUUAUUUAUGCGCCUGGCAACUGGUAGGCGCAUAGCCUUUCGAGCAUUAGACUGUUGCCAGGCAAAUAGAGAGAAUAGUAGAAAUUCUACACGGUCGAAAAGCAGCUAGAAACUCGGGCGUCGUUUUGAACAUAAAAUAUUUCUUUAGCUUUUUUUGUAGUCGUAAUGCCGGCGAAUCUGCGGCCCGACACGGAUGGCAAUACACCCGAGGAUUGGCAUGUCUUUGAGCUUCUUUGUGAAAAGUCAUCGUCUGAGUCUGGCUCAUUGCCAAUGUCGCCACCAGCUCCAGCUCCAGCUCCAGCUCCAACUCCAUUGACAACCGUUGUACACUCCUGCGCUCUGCUGGACAGUUCGUGCGGCAAUGCGGGGAUCACAGUUACCGAGCAUCAUCAUGGGAUCGAUUUGACGACGACGUUGCGCAGUGAAUUGGCCGCCUUGUCAUACAAAAAGGAGCGUCUCACUGGCGAGCUGGCAGAGACACGCAGCGCCUUGUGUAGUCGCGAAUCGGAUGUGGAGAAUCUGCGUGCGCAGGCGGCACGCCAGACGGCAUUGAUAGCCUCCCUACAGAGCCGCCUGCAGUCAGCCGAGCAGCGGGAGCAGUCGGUUCAGGCGCGCUGCGAUGCCACCAUACAGACUGUACAGCGUGAGAAGCGCAGCUCGGAUGAGCGCAACAAGGAGCUGUUGUGCAAGCUGCAGCAGCUGGAGCAGCACGCCGCCAGCGAGCAGUCGCACAAGGAGCAGGCCAAGGCGCAGCUGCACGAGCUUCUGCGCCGCCUGAGCGCCUGCCUGGGCCUGGAUGUGUGCGAGAGCCAGGACGGACAUGCCACGCCUGAGUGUGUGGUGUCCCGAGUGGAGGAGCUGAUGCUCGAGCUGCAGCGCGCUAAGGCCAAGGUGCAGUCCACCUGCGACACGCUCAGCUCCUGCGAGAACGAACUGCUCAACCUGAAGUCGCUGGCGAACAUCGAGAAGCAGCGUCUGAGUGCCCAACUGGACGGCGCCGGCAAUCACAAUCACGAGCUGGAGGGGCGUUGCCGCCAGUACGAACGGGACUUGCAAUUGCAGCGGGAUCGUCUUACCGAGUCGGAGAUCAGCGGCGAGAAGCUCAAGGAGGAGCUGCGCGGCUUCGAGUCGCGCUGUCAUCGGUUGCAGAACAAUUUGGAUCGCAUCCAGAGCGAUCGGCUCCAGUUUCUGCGCGGUCUCAGCCAUCUGGUGAAUGUGUCCGAGCCCUGCGAGACGUUGAUCAAGGACAAGCUGCGCGAGCUGCUCGACGAGAAUCAGGGCCUGCAGGCGCAACUGCACUCGCUGCGCGCUCAGCUGAGCAGCGAGCAUGAGAAAUUGAAGGAGGCACACGAGUCCAGCGAGUGCCGUCUCCGCUCUGGUGAAGCCCAAAAAUGCGAGCUGGCCGAGCGCCUGGAGAAAUGCCAUGCAGAAAUUCACACGCUGCGCAAGGAUCACAUGGGCCUGGCCGACUACCUGCAACGGCUGGCCAAUGCGCUCAACUGGAGCGAGUGCACCGCGCCGCCCGCCCUGGGCACCGAUACCAAUCUCAUGGCGGAGAGUCUGCUGGAGCGUGCCGAGCGUCUGGCCGCGCACUGUGAGCACGAGCUGGCUGUGGUUAGCCAGGAGAAGGGCUGCUGCGACCAUCAUCAUCAUCCGCAUCAUCAUCAUCAUCACCAUCAGCAUGGGCAGGGCAAGCUGCGACGCGAGCGCUCCUGCCAUGAUCUGCCGCUCAAGGAGAGCAGCAGCGUGUACACUUUGCAGCGUCGAGUACGUGUUUUACGCGAGCAGGUGCAGCGCCGAGAUCUGCAUCUGGAGCUGCUGCGCCGCAAGCUGGCCAUCAUCGAGGAUGGGGCUCGGGGUAAGUGCAUGCUGCAGGGUGAGCGCGACGAGGCCGUUUGCCGUGCUAAAAAGGCAGCCAAGCAGGUCGACAAGCUGAGUGUUCAGCUCGCGGAUGCACGCACCCAAAUCGCCGAGGUCAAGGCCCAGCUCGCUGAGGCCGUGGAAUAUAAGAUCACGGCGCUGGAGCGUGCCCGCAAGAUCGAUGAGUUGAGCACACAAAUCUGCGAUCUGGAAGAUGAGAAGACCAGGCUGUUGUCCCAGCUGAAUGCGAUGAAGGAGCGCAUGAAAUCCGCCUGCGAGUCCAAUCAAAAUCGACGCUGUCGCGACGAGGCGCUAAUCAAUUCGCUGCGUGAUGACGUCAGCCGCCUUAGCGCCCAGCUCUCCGACACUAAUCAACGCCUCUCGCAUUUGCAGUCCUUCCGCACUUCGGUUGCGCGCACCUUGCAUUUGCGGGAUCUGCCCGAAACGGAUCUGCUGCAUCGCCUGCAGGCUCUGUGCUCGGCCCAUCAGGAGUUCACGCUGCUGUCCAAGCGCUAUGAGACUGCCUCGCCCGUCGGCGAUCAUCCUUGCCCGCGUUACGAUGAUCCUGUGCCGCCCACCAGUCACUGCCGCCCGCCCCGUGAACUCAGCCCCACCACGGACAGCCAUCUUCACAGCCAUGCUCACGGGCACGCCUACUCGCACCAGCACCUCCAUGGGCGACAUCAGAGGCAGCGCAGCAAAAGUCGCGACAAACGCUUGCAUGACGAGUGCUUUGACUCGGAUGUGCAUCGCUUGCAUCACGGCUGCAAGGAUCAGCUGCUGGCCAAUAAUUCCGGAGGCAGCUGCGACGAGGACUACGACUUUAAGAGCAAGUACUGUUAGUACUGGAUGUGCUCGGUAUUCCAUAUUCGGAUAUGUUCCAAUCAACUUUUUGGUUUUCAAUCAAUCUUGGAGAUAUAAGUCGAAUAUACCAUAUUAAUAAUCCGGGUUUUCCCCUCAUACAUUAGAUUCACGCACCCAAAAACAGUCAAAAGAUGGCGAUACAGCUAAUGGCCUGUGUCUAUGCUAAGUGCGCAAGGACCAAGUGACUCAUGCAGCAGCUGCCAGCUAUGAAACGCAGUCGUUGAAUGCUGCAUUUUACCUAAGCUACUCACCACCGCAGACGCUGGAAUGCUGGAAUGCGAAUAUCCUAUCAUAUCUUAUGUUCACACACCCAAAAACAGUUAAUAGAUGGCGCUACAGGUAAUGAGUUGUGUCUGUGGUAAAUGCGCGUGCAACAAGUGACUCAUGCAACAGCUUCCAGCUAUGGCACUCAGCCGUUAAAUUCAAAAAUGAAUUUGUGCUGCAUUUUAGCCAAGUUUCCCACCCACGCAGCUGCUGCGCUUAUGCAAAGAGGAAACGCAUUUUCAUUGUCAAUUUUCACAGCUGUCAAAUGGGAAAAUAAAUCAACGGCGACACGCAA